AUGAAAAUCGCACAGGCAGCUUUAGCAGUAAUUUCUUUCUACAAUCUCGUAUUUUCAGUUGCAUCGGAAGCUGAUUUCGAGGUUAAAACAGAACUCAUCGGUCCAGAUCGAGUGAAGCUCACAUGGGAGGAUACCCCAGAAGCAGAUGGGAAUAUUCCUGCGAGGUAUAGAGUUCUCUGCAUCGCUCCUAAUUCUUCCACAGUUGAGGCGGUGGUAAAAGAGAAGAUGGUUGAAUUGGAUACAUUCAAGGAAGGUCUUACUUACAAUUGUGAGGUUCAUCCAAUUUUUGAGGACUUGGUUGUAGGAAUGGAUGUGAUUUCCGCAAACCCGGGAACAUCAGCCCCGUUUACGAUGGCCUUUCAAACUGAUGAUCCUGUCACUGAAGAAUCUUCUGGCAAGUUAAUUCAUGAAGAAGAAACCUCACCGCCAGUUGAGACUACUCCAAUUGAAGAGGAAGUCACGGAGACGCCAAUGACAACAGAGCAACCGGAAGAGAGUGACAUUCCACAAGUGACUGCUGCACCCAGUGUCCACGCAGAAGUCAUUGACGCAUUGAGUGCCAAAUUAGAGUGGACUGCCGUAGAAGACAACAACAUUCCCGCCUCGAGGUACAGAGUAAUCUGCAAUACGAAUGAUUCCAGCAGAAAAACAAUCCAAAUUGCCUCGACGGAGGAAAACUCUGUAGUACUAGACACAUUUGAACCCUCUGUAGAGUACACCUGUUCGGUGUAUGCUAUCUGGGAUAAUCUCGUGCCGGGUGUAGAAGUUGUCUCAUUAGCACCCGGGGUUUCUGUUCCAUUCCAAAUGCCAAAUAGAGCCGGCCGUCUACUAAUUUGGACAACGUCAUUUGUGACUAUUUUGACAAUGCUCCUUUGUCAAAUUCCAACUUUCUAA